AUGGCUGGCACUAAGCUGCAUACUUCAAUUGUUCCCGUUCUGUUGGUGGCUGGAAGCGUGGCCAAUGGCCUCAGCUUUGCGAUUCCAUCGUCACCACCAGCAAACGCCAGUGCUCAGCUGGCUGCGGCGCCAGUGGGCGUGUCCUUCGAAUUCUUUGCUUUUCCCGAGUACUUCGAGGGCCUGCCAUUGACCAAUUCUUGCCUGGGGCAGCUGCAAGAUGUCACGGGCACGAGCCCCCCGAUCCGGAUCGGGGGAACCACACAGGAUCGCGCCACAUACAAUGCAUCCCUAACAUCGGUGGUCUCAUACAGCGUCGCCUCACCAGAUGAUGCGCCAGAAACGCUUACGUUCGGUGACCCCUUUAUGGAUUUAGCAGCGAGCUAUGAGGGGACGGUGACAUUCGGGCUCAACAGGCGAUUGGACAACAUCGAUAAUACCAUCGCCGCCGCGAAGGUCGCCAAAUCCAAGAUCUCUAACUUGUACGCCCUUGAGCUUGGUAACGAGCCAGACUUUUACACUUCAAGCGAUCCGAUUGCUGACGGUCAGACCUGGACGGCCACACUCGAUGCAGAGUCACAGGUCUCAUGGCAGGCGUCUGUAAGCAGUGGCUUGGGUGACGAAACGGCAUUUACCCAGGCAGGCGUCUUCUUUGGCCUAGGUUCUUUCGAAGUGACCAAUCUGGUGCCCGAGGAGGAAGAUACCAACUCAACUCAAUAUGUGCGCUCUUUUUGCCAUCACUACUACCCACAGUCAGCAUCCACGGCAGACCUGGACGAGCUCAUGAGCCAUGAGGAAAUCGUGGAGGGGGUGGCUGAAUACCAGGCCCAGAUCACCGCCGCAAAAGACCUGGACAAGGACUUUGUCUUUGGUGAAACAAACUCAGCAACUGGAGGAGGCGGUGGAAUCAGCCCUACUUUUGGUGCUGGACUUUGGAUUUUAGACUAUGUGAUGCAAGCCACCAUCCUAGGGGUUAAACAACUCUUCUUCCACCAAGGGACCAUCGGUGACUGCCCGUACUGUUGGUGGGAAGAGGCCGUGAACGCUCCAUUUUAUGGGGCCUAUACGGCUGCCCUAGCCCUUUCUGGUGCCUCCAAGAUCGCAGAGCUCGACGCAGGAGAUACCCGGUUCGCAGCAUACGCCAUCUACGACAGUGAUGAGCAGCCCGCACGUGUGCUGCUGUACAACUCCGAAUACUACACUUCAGGCACACGGAGCAGUGUGAACGUCACUCUGAGCGGCAUCAGCUCCUCGAUGGUGUCUGCGAUCCGGUUGACUGGAGAGGCGGCGACGACGAUCGGAGGAGGGGGGACGAUCACGGUGGCGGGGCAGACAUUUGCGAACGGAACAUGUGCAUUGGAGGGCACCAAAGACACAGAAACCACCAACGUCGCAGCAGGAGAAGCGACCUUCAAUGUUCGCGCGUCCGAGGCGUUGCUUAUCUAUAUGUAACUAAGACACGACGAGAGGUAACCGGCGUCGAAUCGGAUAAGAUGGCCUCAAGUUAAGACAUCCAUGGAUCGACCAGAACGAUUCCCAUACUCUUAAAGGUAUAGCCGGAAAUGCGGAUGAGCCUGACCCAAGCCAAGACUGUCGUCAGAGUUCAGUCGGUCUCCGAACAGCCCGAAAUGGCGUUGGCGAGCGCGAACCACUCGGAGUUAAGCCCGAUUGCCGCAUCUGGUGAAUUCCCCGGGCGAGCCACUGCCGGCUCCCAUCGCGAUGCAAA